GUGGAUUCCAGUAUAAAGUCCUCAGGUAGUACCCGAGUUCUUUCUCCGAAGACGCUCGGGGUCCGGAUCAUGGAACCACAAGCCCUGCUCCUGCUGCUCUCGGGGGCCCUGACUGUGACCGAGACCUGGGCGGGCCCACACACCCUGAGACAUUUCGGCACCUCCGUGUCCCCACACGGGAAGUUCCGGCACAUCGUGGCCAUCUACGUGGACGACACGGAGGUCACAUGGUUCGACAGUGCCGCCCCGAGCCCAAAGGCACAGCCGCGGAUGCCGUGGAAGGAGCAGCGGUGGAUGGAGCAGGAGGACCCAGAUUUUUGGGCGGAGCAGACGCGGAUCUGCAAGGACUGCUCACAGUUUUCCCGAGCAAAACUGAACAAGCUGCGCGCCUACUACAACCACAGCGAGGACGGGUCUCACACCUUCCAGGUUACUUUUGGUUGCGUUGUGGGAUCGGACCUGGGAUUCCUCCGCGCGUACAGUCAAACCGCAUACGAUGGCACCGAAACCUUCGCCAUGAACUUGGACCUGACUUCCACCACUGAAGCCAAUAAGACCACCCAGAUUACCAUACUGACCGAUUUGUUGCAUCAAGAUGUUGUGGAGGAUUGGAGGGACUACCUGGAGAACACUUGUCUGCGCUGGCUCCGCGUGUUCCUGGAGAAGGGGAAGGAGACGCUGCUCCGAGCAGACCCUCCAAAGACACACUUGACCCACCACCCCAUCUCUGACCAUAAGGUCACCCUGAAGUGCUGGGCCCUGGGCUUCUACCCUUCGGACAUCACCCUGACCUGGCAGCGUGAAGGGGAGGACCUGACCCAGGACAUGGAGCUUGUGGACACCAGACCUGCAGGGGAUGGGACCUUCCAGAAGUGGGCAGCUGUGGACAUGCCCCCUGGAGAGGAGCAGAGAUACACGUGCCAUGUGCAGCACCAGGGGCUGCCUGAGCCCCUGACCCUGAGAUGGGAACCCCCUCCUCAGACCACCAUCGCCAUCGUGGGCAUCGCUGCUGCCCUGGGUCUCCUUGGAGCUGUGGUCACUGGAGCUGUGCUGUGGAGGAGGAAGUGCUCAGGCACAGAGAGGGAGAACUAUGCUCAGGCUGCCUUGUGACAGAACUGCCUUGUAGGGGACUUGGUGCUGAAACAGUCAUUGCAGCCUCCCCUUGGGACUUUAAGGAUCCUUGUCUGCUGUUUCUGCAACUGCAUCAGAAUGUGCCUUCAUCCUUAUCAGCUUGAUUGGAGGAGCUGGUCACAUGACCACCCUCCCCAAAAGGAAAGGGUGACCUGUGUCCUCUUCCCUGGGGACUGACCUGUGCUAGCAGUGUUGGGGUUUUGCCAACCCAUCCUGGUCUUUCCUCAGCUGGGUCUCCUUGUUCCUUUGUUUUUGUUGCUUCAGGAGAACCUUGUCCCACCAGGACCUGGGAUCCCAGGGAUGUCAGCGUCACCUGGGCCUUGUCAUAGCUCCAGGUCUGUGCUCAGUGAGGGCUUGCUGGGUCUGGCCUUCAGUGCCUGUGUUGGGUGCUUGUUGUUUCUUUGUUUUUGUAGAUACUGUGCCUAUUUUUGUUUUCUUAAUUAACUUAUUAGGGUUUGUUUGUGUUUUUUACUAAGCGUAUUGGGCUGGCAUUGGUUAAUGGGAUCAUGUAGGUUUCCCUUGUAUAUUUAUUUCUACGAUAUUGUACAAUGAGGGAUCACUCAACCAGUGGUUUUUGAGUCCUGGGUAAAUGACCUUCCAUUUUUACAUUGGAAAUCCAGAAAUUCCUUGGAGAUAUUUUGGUUUUGUGUCCAGAUGAACUCAGUAAAGCAACUAUCACAAUAAAGUAAGUCACACAAACGUUUUGGUUUCCCUGAGCUAAUCAUGUUAGGCUUAUGGUAUAUGUAGUCUACUAAAUCUAUUAAAUUGUCUAAGUCUAUUAAAUUGUACUAUGUCUAAAAACUAAUGUAUAUGCCUUUAUUAAAAUAUACUUUGUUAAUAAAAAUG